UGUGUUCAGACUAGUGUCCCACUGGGAAACCGUGUGCUUAGGGUUUGGAGUAACAAGACAGAAAUGUGCUGAUGAGCAGACAAGGGGAGCUAUACAUAUCUCCUCUGGUGCAUCCCUCAGCCUGUACAACCUUGGACUGCAUGAGGUGUGGUAGUUGCUCUUGGAGUCCUAAGUCUGGCUGGGAGACUCUUGCCACCCUCGUUCCUGCUGUCUUUUGAGGAGCCAGAGCUUCAGUCUCCAUCAUUAACCAUCCAGGAGGAGUUUGAAGUUCCCCCCAGUGACCUUCCUCUCAGAGUUCCCAACCAGGGACUUCUAGUACCAUGUGGAAUAGGAGUGGUGAGAGAGGGUAUCCUUGCCUCACUCCUAAUCAUACAGAAAAUCUCACAGUAGUUUCAGAAUUUCUUCUUCUGGGAUUUUCAAAGGAACAAGAAUUGCAGCCCAUCACAUUCAUGAUUUUCUUCUCCACGUAUCUAAUCACUGUGUUUGGAAAUCUGGCUAUCAUCCUAGCCACCAUUUCUGACUCCCACCUCCACACACCUAUGUACUUCUUCCUCUCGAACCUGUCCUUUGUAGACAUCUGUGUUACCUCUACCACCAUCCCAAAGAUGCUGUGGAACAUCCAGAACCAGGGCAAGCUGAUAAGCUAUGAAAGCUGCAUUACUCAGAUGUACUUUGUCAUACUCUUUGUAGGGUUGGAUGACUUCCUCCUAACAGUGAUGGCCUAUGACCGCUUUGUGGCCAUUUGUCACCCCCUGCACUACACAGUCAUUAUGAAUCCAUGGCUUUGUGGCAUUAUGGUCCUGGUCUCCUGGAUCAUCAGUGUCUUGCAUUCCUUCUUACAAACCUUAAUGGUUUUGCAGCUUGCCUUCUAUACACAUUUAGAAAUCCCUCAUUAUUUCUGUGAACUUAAUCAGUUGAUUCAACUUGCCUGCACUGAUACCUUUCUUAAUGACAUAGUGAUGUAUUUUGCAGCCCCACUUCUGGGUGGUGGUCCCCUUGUUGGUAUCAUUUACUCAUACUCUAAGAUAGUGUCUUCCAUUUGUAAAAUAUCAUCAUCUCAGGGGAAGUAUAAAGCAUUUUCCACUUGUGCAUCUCACCUUUCAAUUGUCUCCUUAUUCUAUUGUACAUGCUUAGGAGUGUACCUAAGCUCUGCUGUUACCCACAGCUCACACUCAAGUGCAACAGCCUCCUUGAUGUACACAGUGGUCACACCCAUGCUGAACCCCUUCAUAUACAGUCUGAGAAAUAAAGACAUAAAGAGGGCUAUGAAAAGAUAUGUGGGGAUGACAGCUACAGAGGGUGCAACUGUCCUGGAGUUGAACAAGGCCAUAUGAGUACAGGAUUUAUAAUCUUGGAGCCAGAAGGAAUAAUUUCAGCAGUUUUACCUCUUAUCAUUUUCCUGCUC